CGUUUUGCAGCGUUCAGAUAUGAUGUAUACAUAUACAAAUUCAGAGGAAAUAAAGUAAUAGAUUCAGUUUACAAUAUGUCCAUCUAAGUGUAUGUAUGCAAUUAUUUAUAAAGAAAAAUUGCUGGGGAUACUAAAUUGGAGGGUUCUGAAUUACAGGCUGUGUGAACCAUCAAAUAUUUAAGUGGGAUGGAUUAGCUUUAAUCUUCAGCGACUGCGUAAGUCAAAGGUUUUACUCCUACCCCCGCGAAACAGCCAUAAAGAUUCAAUGAUUUGAACUUUGGAGAACAAAAACCUGUUUAGUGACCUGACUGGAGGCGAGUGACUGCUCAUGCGGCCCGUCACUUCCACACACCUCCUGGCCAAUGAGAGGUCUGGGGCGGAGCCAAAGGGGGCGAGGCUUGGUGCACGUUAGGGGCGGAAAAAGGAGCCUGCUGUCAUUGGUAGCUGAAUCUAUCCCUUCUCCCAGAUGGAUAAGCUGUACCACAUCAACUAGUUCAUUUAUGACUGAUACCUACUUCAGUAGGCUUUCAUGUGUUUUUGUUUUUUUUUUCAGCAGGGGGACGAUGCCAGCAGCCUAAUAAGAUUUAGCGAAAAAAGUUGCUCAGUUUGAACUUUACAGUAUUUGUUAUUUUGAUGUCCGUUUAGUCUCGGCGCGAUGAAGUCCUUUACAGAUAUCAAAUUGAGGUUUAUCAUUUCUCUGGGUGGAUGCGGGCUCAUCUGCAAAUACAUCCUCAUCGUUUUCAAUAUCGUCUUUGCGGUAGCGGGGUUUGCGUCAUUGGUGUUUGGUCUCUGGCUGCAUUCCCUUCACAACACCAAGGAGGUAUUCGACAUAGGAUCUGACAACGACGACGACAACAAAGGAAGCAUUGAGUUAAAAGUUUUUAACAUAGCUGUGUAUGUCCUGGUAACUCUUGGUUCAAUCAUGGCGGCUAUGGGGAUUUUUGGAGAGUAUGCUGCCUGCAAUGGGAAAAAAAUUGCCCUGUUAAUGUUCUCAGUCCUUGUGUUCCUCUUGGCUGUGGCUGAAAUUACUGUUGGAGCGCUUGCUUACUCCCACCGGCAUGAGGUUGGAAAGAAGCUAGAAGACUUGUACAAAGAUGUACAUCAGCUUUAUGUGAAGAACGAAGACGAAGCCGUUGCAACCAUUCUCACGUUCCUCCACAGCUUGCUCCAAUGCUGUGGACUGACUGGAAACCAACAUAUCGAGUUAAUUAAGAAGACCUGCCAGAAGCUGGAUGAUAUCUUGGAGCACACUCAUAAUCAUAGCUGCUCAGGGCGUGUUGGACCUUACUUUGAGAGCAAGGCGCCACUGGUGCUGGGCUUCUUCAUUGGAACCGGAGUCAUUUUGAUUGUAGAAGGGAUUUGCAGCAGCUUGCUCAGCUCCAAGAUUGAUCAGGACGCUACUGCUCUCGAGUAAACAAUUCACACCGCAUCGUCACCUUGGAUGCCCCUUGGCCAUUUUUGAGAAUCAUUGCUGUGGCGACAUUGAAAAGUGGACUUAAAAAUCUACCCAAGUACAUUGCCAUGAAUGACCAGAUGGAAUAAAAUGGUCCUCCAGGAUAAACCUCUUCCAACCACCUAGACACUGUCUGGUGGUGACUUCUGCAUUUCAGAACAAUGAAGCACUACGUCAC